AUGACCAUCAAAGACCCUCCCAUCGGUCGUGUCUUUCCACAAUUCAAUGCGCAUGUGGCGUUGAAUCGACAGAGCGCUGUCUAUCCAAGUUCACCAAGCUGGACUGAUAGUCAACGCACCAACUCCACUAUGAACGUCAUUGGUCCAUCCAACGCCCGGUUUUCACAUAUCAAGGAUCUACAGGGGAAGGCGAACGCUUCCGUCCGGAAUAUUGACCCUCGCAUGCCACUUCGCUCCCUGUUGAGCCUUGCGCAGCAAUCUACAGGCCAGGUCGGGACGGAUGUUAGCUUCAAGCGGCCUGAUAGGGCAUAUGUGGAAUACCUCGUUAGCUCAGAACUGCUACUCAACAUCAUACCAAAGCACAAAGACUUUCCCACUGCGAAUAGUGGCAGAGGAGAUUGGCAACAGAUAUACAAAUCCUUGCGGAAGCAAAAUGCGACGCAGCAUGAAAUGUUGAAGCAGAUAUAUAACGUAAUUGUCCAUGACAAUACUAAGAGCGGUGUGAGACCGUCAGAUCAAUAUUCGUCGUCGCGUCGUUCGUCAACGUAUUCCGAGACAGGCCAACUCUCCAAUGGCUAUCAACGACCUCUUUCAAUGCCGGACACCUCAAAUACGAGUAAUAGAGCGACGGAUGAGCUGUUCCUGCCAUCAUCGCAAACAACGCCUCAAAUCUCUGGGCCGUAUCAACCCCAGCCACAGACGGCAUCAACACAGCAAAGGGACCGGCCAAUCGUGCGUCCCAAGCCUUUGGGACUUCAAGCCGGAUCAAACUCUCGUGGUGUAUCUCCUCGCCCUACCUCUGACGAUGCUCUUGCCGAGCGCUUUUCCCAACUCAGAGUACAGAGAAAGGAUGUGCCAGCAGGGCCUGCGGAAGGACGGCGCAGCGUAUCACAAAACGGCUUUGUCGAGAUACCUUCUCCUACUGAAUAUACGCCGUCAUCUUCUGAGGACUCGUCUUCCCUUGCCUAUAUUCCUCUACAGUCCGGAGGGCCACCUGCACCUGGAAAGCCUUCCGGGCCGCGUGACAUGCAACUACCCACAUUUCCUCCACCUCCAAAAUUUCCUCCACCACCUCCAAAGAUACCUCUGAGCCUCGAAACUGAGACUCAAUUACCAAGAGCACCGAGCCCUGCCUAUAAUCCUUCCAAAAGCGUCGUCAAGAAUAACAUGCCCACAUUCAAUUCACACUCUCCGCAGUCUGGCAAACGCCUUUCUGGGCAGUUUUCGUCAGCGACUGUUUAUUCUCAAUCUACGAGAUCGAGCGCGAGCUUUGAAGGGGUCCCACUUGCGCAGACCCUGUCUGCAGAGGUGCGUUACAAACCGACAGUCUCGGCACCUGAGCUUUAUGAGCGUCUCCAGAUUUCCAGUAUUCUUCUGAUUGAUAUUCGGGGUCGUGAAGAUUUUGACCAAGGCCACAUUUUUGCUAAAUCAAUCAUGUGCGUCGAGCCUUUGGGUCUAAAAGCAGGGCUUUCGGCCGAAGAGUUAGAAGAACGACUGGUAGUAUCGCCUGAAGUUGAGUUGUCUCUUUUUGAGCGGAGAGACGAAUUCGAUCUAGUUGUCUACUAUGAUCGAAAGACCUCUUCGACUGGGUUUCUUGCUGGCCCUCCCACCGGGACUGAGGCUGAUGCAUUGAGAGCUCUUCAUGAUACACUGUACGAAUUCAAUGCAUACAAGCCGCUACGCAGACCACCCCUAAUGCUGAAAGGGGGCCUUGUUGCCUGGGCUGAGCUUGUGGGCCCUCAAGCUCUUGUUAGUUCGAACACUGCUGCUUUGGUUGGAUCUCGAACGGUGUCAAGAAAACCAGGAAGGCCAAUAGGGCGCGUGCCCAUGGCGAGUGCGAACUCGAGCUUAGAGGUGCGAAAGCGUAGACUUAGAGAUCAGAAGCCACUCAACCCCGAUGAAGAGAAGUCGUGGCUCGAGACAGCAUCGAGAGAGGAGGUCGACCCAGCAGACUAUCGACACGCCCAAAGCGAUGGAGAUACAGAUUCGAAUAGCGACGAGCCCAUGUCACCGUUCAUUCAUACUUAUGAGGAUUUCUUAAGAAGGUUCCCCGAAGUCUCAGCAGAGCAGCAGUCAAUGAUGGUCUCAUUGCCCCCACCGCCACCACGAUCACGACAACCAAUGCCGCCGCCUCCACCACGAUCAUUACCUACUGUACCGUCACGGCCAGCUCCUGCAGUUCCACGGCCCAGCUACAGUGGUGUAUCAGAACGAGAAUCAACACAAUUCUCUCCCGCUUCCCGACACUCUUCAUCUAGACAACAUCCGCUAUACACGUCGAGAUCGAUCUCUCAUUACCUAAAACUCCCAAGGACUGGCCUCAUCAACUUUAGUGUGACCUGCUACAUGAAUGCCACCAUUCAGUGCCUUCUAGCCACCAUACCCCUCUCGCAUUAUUUCCUAGACAACAAAUGGAAGGAUCAAACUCAGAAGAACUGGAAAGGCUCUAACGGUAUCAUGCCAGGCAUCUACGCAAAUCUCAUUCGUAGCCUCUGGAAGGAUGACGUCCAAGCUAUUCGUCCAAGCUCCUUGCGUAGCUUCUGUGCUCGACUCAACAAGGAAUGGGGUGUGGACCGCCAGCAGGACGCCAAGGAAUUUUUUGAUUUCCUAGUUGACUGCUUGCACGAAGAUCUCAAUGAGAAUUGGAACCGUACUCCCUUGCGACCCCUUACUUUGAGAGAAGAGAUGGACCGCGAGCGUAUGCCUAUUCAGACAGUCUCGAAGAUAGAGUGGAACCGCUACACGCACCGCGAGAAAUCCUGGAUCUCCGACCUCUUCGCGGGCCAGCACGCUUCGCGGCUCCGUUGUACGACUUGUCAGAGUACCUCCACCACCUACGAGGCCUUCUAUAGCAUUAGUGUUGAGAUCCCACGCUCCUCCGGUAGACGACCCUGGGAUAUUCACGAUUGUUUGCGCAGCUACUGCCAAGAAGAGAGGCUCAGUGGGGACGAAGUGUGGAAGUGCCCACAUUGCAAAUGUGAGAGGGAGGCGACGAAGCAGAUUACCAUCACGAGAGCGCCGCAAUUCCUGGUGGUGCACUUCAAGCGCUUCGAGAUGCAAAAGGGUCAGAGUGCGAAAAAGGUGCACACGCCCAUUGGCUUUCCACUGUUUGGCCUGAACAUGGAACCCUACAUGAUUCCUCAAGCCUCCAAAGAAGCUCAUGAGUAUUCAAGGAUGGAUGAGCCCAUUAGAGAUGCAGCAACAACGCCACCUUACCUUUACGAUGCUUACGCUGUCAUGAGACACAUCGGCACUUCGGGAAACGGUGGUCACUAUAUAUCGCUCGUCAGAGACGCCGCGAGAGGGAAUAUUUGGCGCAAGUUCGACGAUGAAAGGGUUACCGAUUUUGAUCCCAACAAGCUAAAGCCAGAUCACAGGCUUCAGAAUGAGCAGGCGUAUUUGGUUUUCUAUGGGAGAGCUGUCGCACGAUGA